ACGGCCUAAAGUGGGCCGUGCCAUCAGCCCAGUCUGGUGGAGGAAUCACAUCCAACGGAGCUGCAAGACGCUUGGCCUAGGGAACAGGCUCAAUUACACCAAGUCUAUGAUGAAACACAUUAUAGUGGAUGACAAGAAUAAGGUAGAGUGAUGCUGUUCGUUCUUGGUCCAAUAACUGCAAAGUGUUGUGUCUAGCGGGGGAGAGGACUCUGAAAUAAUGUUUCUAAGAUGUUGGACAAGGCGCCUGGAACGAAGCUAAAAUAUUGUUUUACAAACUUUCAGCCCAUUUCAAAAUCAAUAAAUUUAUUCAGAAAUAAUGUAUCAAUCCCCUAUGAAGUUGAGAGGUUAAAGUUCGCUGUAUGAAAUUGACUUCAUGGGUUUAAAGAUGAGCAUAAAAUUGAAACAAUUUUCACUCAUAAACAUUGAGUAAUAAAAAUAAUAACGUAUGAGUAGGUCAUGGAUGCAGUAGUGAAUGUUAUUUGUUAUUGACGGCUAUGACCGGCUAUUGUGAAGGUCAGUUGUUGUUGACGGCCAUGACUGGGCUAUUGUGAUAUUGUGAAGGUCAGUUGUUGUUGACGGCCAUGACCGGGCUAUUCUGAAGGUCAGUUGUUGUUGACGGCCAUGACCGGGCUAUUGUGAAGGUCAGUUGGCAUUGACGGCCAUUACCGGGCUAUUGUGAUAUUGUGAAGGUCAGUUGGUAUUGACGGUCAUUACCGGGCUAUUGUGAUAUUGUGAUAUUGUGAUAUUGUAAUGGUUAGUUGUUAUUGACGACCAUUGCCGGGCUAUUGUGAUAUUGUCCAGGUCGGUUGUUAUUGAUGGCCGUGACCGGGCGAUGUUGUGUUUUUUCAAACGUGGCGUCAUGGCAUGACCCCGAGCAACGCGGGCCUUAGGAAAACUUUCGCCCUGUGCGAAGCACCCGUUCAGCGCCCCCUUCGGUAUUAUAAAUUAAUUUCCACGCCCUUUCGGUUGCCCCCCCCCCCCAAAUCUCAAACCCCAGUGUUAGUAUCCAAAUUAAGAAUGUAAUUUUCAUUCUAUGAAACUCAUUCUAUGAAACUCAUUUUAUGAAACUCAUUCUAUGAAACUCAAUGUUUGGACGAAAAGUUAGAACAGCGUUUCUCGACCCCGGACCCGAGGUUCACACUUCACUGUAAUAAACUAAGGGCAUUUAAACAUUUACUGGGCGCCCCUGGCGCCCCUAUGGCCACGGCGCCCUGUGCGAGGGCACAGGUCGCACACCCUAAAGGCCGGCAUUGCCCUCAGGUCAGAUGUGUGCCCAAUUUUUGUAGGCUGUCUGUGGUUGACAGGUGUUGUCAUUGUUUGAUCUCCCAACAAGCCAAAGUGACACAGGAAUGAGUGGAUCAAAACUCAAUGAUGAUGAAUUCUUUUUGGGCGUUUCAAAACAUACCUAUAUAUAUUUUUUUUAAAUUAUCAAAUAAAAAUAUUUGUUGCGCGUAGUUCGAGAAUCCGAGACUUGUAUAAAUGAUAUAAAGUUUGAUUACGUAUUUUGCUCUCUCUUUUUAAUUAGAUGCAGUGUUUCUAUCCGGCAUGGUCUCAUAAAAUUAAACGACAUGUUAUAACAUUGAGUUUCUCAAAAAUAAUAAUAAUAAUCUGCAUAUAUUACAUUCAGAGUUUAAUGCUGUUUAUUUCAAGUCUUGUUACAUUCAUAGUUUAAUGCUGUUUAUUUUAAGUCUUGUUACAUUCAGAGUUUAAUGCUGUUUAUUUCAACUCUUGUUACAUACAAUGUUAAAUACUCUUUCUUUCAGCUCUUGUACUGCGCCAUUCCCAAAGUCGCAUCUACAACAUGGCGUCGCAUCUUCCUCAUCCUAUCGGGAAGAACAGACGUGAACAACCCUUUGUCUUUCAAAGCCGACGACGUCCACCACAAGUACAGAGAACACGUCAUAUAUCUCAGCACGUUUUCCAAAGAGGAGAUCCAAAUACGUCUCAAGGAUUACUACAAGUUCGUCUUCGUCAGAGAACCCUUCGAGCGCCUGCUGUCUGCCUUCAGAAAUAAGUUCGUCACUCAGACCAACGCUUCCAAAUAUUUCAAGGCGAACUUCGGUAAGCAAAUCAUCGACACUUACCGCGUGACUCCGCCGGCAAAUCACGAAGGCGAUGGGGUGACAUUCACCGAGUUUGUGGAAUACAUCGUUGACCCCACGAAGGAGAUUCCCAUGAACGAACACUGGGAGAAGUACGAGACUUUGUGUAACCCUUGCCUCGUCAACUAUGAUUUCAUCGGCAAGUUGGAGUCGAUAGAGACAGACGGUCAGUACGUCUUGGAUAAGCUCGCCCUGGGGUAUAAACUGUCCAUUCCCAGGAGGUCGGACCUUAAGUACGCCACGAACCAGACGCAGACCUUCAUGAAGGAGUAUUACGGUCAGCUGCCGCGAAGGCUGCUGGUGAAGCUGUUCAGGAUGUACCAUGGGGAUUUUGUGUUGUUUAACUACACAGUGCCAAGAGAUAUAUUGGACAUGAUGGGGAUAAGAUAG